UUUGGAGCGCCGGAGUUAAGGGAGGUGACUGUUCGCUCUUAAAGCCUCCGAAUAUUGAAAUUCCAAGAAAAUUCACGCAUUCCCGUGUCUUUGAGCGUCCUUCAACUGUGAAGGAGAUGAAGGAUCAGAACCUGGAAUCUAGAGCUUUGGGGAAUUAAUAGACCAAGCUCUUUUCUUCGUGCGUCAUAAAAGUCUUGGGUUGUAGCAGUUUUUACUACCCUCUUUUUACAGAAAGGAACUUGCUGGACGUAACACUAGCGGAGGAGAUGGCAGAACUUGGAUUAGAACCCAAGGCUUCUAACUCGCAACCUGGACUUGUCUCCCAUCCAGGGGGUGAAUGAGUGGGUCACUAUUCCAAAGGCAGUACCACUGUCCAGCAGGAACGCGACAUCUCUGUCAGGCGCUCCUAGGGCCUCCUCCCAAAAACCAGGGCGAAGGGGUCCCUGUGCAUCCGGAGGAAGCCUCACGCGCGCGGGACGUGGAGGCUGGGAGGGAGUCGUGCCCUCUGUGGAUAGUGCAGACACGCACUCCAGGUCCUGCUCUGUGAUUGGCCAGCCGCUCCAGCAAGCGACGCGAUUGGCCCCUUUACAGCCGUUGGUAUUUGAACUUGUUCUUGGUGACUUUGCCCGCGCGCCGCGGGGCUCACAGGCGGGUCUUUGUCUCAGCCUGCCGAGGAUUGGCCCGGUUCUCCGCCAACUUGAAAACUGCCUCUCUGAUUGGUGCGUUUUGUGUACUCCUGUUUUCAUCCUGCCAUUUCUGCUCUGCUACCCGAAUCCGAGGAACCGUGGAUAAGGUUUACAGGUGAGGCGUGGAUUGAGGAACCCCGAGUUUGCGGCUGAGAAAGUCAGCCUUGUGAACUAGUGGAAGAAUAUGUCUCCCCAACUGUAUGAGUUCCAUCUGCCCUUAUCCCCAGAGGAGUUGUUGAAAAGUGGAGGUGUGAAUCACUAUGUUGUGCAAGAGGUACUGCCUAUCAGACAUUUGCCAUCCCAGCUUAGAGUGUUUCAGUCUGCUUUUCGAGCUCAAGGGCCGCUUGCUAUGUUGGAGCACUUUGAUACUAUCUACAGCAUUUUACAUCACUUUCGAAGUAUAGAUCCUGGCCUCAAGGAAGAUACUCUGGAAUUCCUGAUAAAAGUGGUAAACCAUCACUCCCAGGAGCUUCCAGCCAUCCUGGAUGAUGCAGCUUUGAGUGUAUCGGAUAGAAGUGCCCAUCUAAAUGUGCUCAAAAUGAACUGCUAUGCUUUGAUACGCCUUUUGGAAUCCUUUGAGACCAUGGCCAGCCAGACAAGUCUUAUGGACCUGGAUCCAUGUGGGAAGGGUAAGAAAGGCCGAACCAAAGCAGCUCAUGGCUUUGACUGGGAAGAAGAAAGGCAACCAGUUCUUCAGCUUUUAACACAGCUACUCCAAUUGGACAUUCGUCACCUAUGGAACCACUCAGUAAUUGAAGAGGAAUUUGUCAGUUUGGUUACUGGCUGUUGUUACCGCCUUCUGGAGAAUCCCACCAUUAGUCACCAGAAGAACCGUCCCACCCGGGAAGCCAUAACACACCUGCUUGGGGUGGCCUUGACACGUUAUAACCAUAUGCUCAGUGCCACUGUGAAGAUCAUCCAAAUGCUGCAACAUUUUGAACACCUGGCACCUGUACUGGUGGCAGCUGUGAGUCUGUGGGCAACUGAUUAUGGAAUGAAGAGCAUAGUGGGAGAAAUUGUAAGAGAGAUUGGACAGAAGUGUCCCCAGGAACUAAGUCGGGACCCUUUAGGGGCAAAGGGCUUUGCAGCCUUCCUGACAGAACUUGCAGAACGAGUCCCAGCUAUCCUGAUGUCCAGCAUGUGCAUUUUGCUAGAUCAUCUGGAUGGAGAGAAUUACAUGAUGCGUAAUGCUGUGCUAGCAGCCAUGGCAGAGAUGGUACUGCAGGUUCUGAAUGGUGAUCAACUGGAAGAAGCAGGCCGAGAAACCAGAGAUCAGUUUUUGGAUACCUUGCAGGCCCAUGGCUAUGAUGUCAACUCUUUUGUUCGGAGCCGUGUUUUACAGCUCUUCACUCGAAUUGUUCAACAGAAGGCUCUUCCUCUGACACGUUUCCAGGCAGUGGUGGCCUUAGCAGUGGGACGUCUGGCAGACAAGUCAGUGCUAGUAUGUAAAAAUGCCAUCCAGCUCCUGGCCAGCUUUUUAGCCAAUAAUCCCUUUUCCUGCAAGCUUAGUGAUACUGACCUUGCUGAACCGCUACAGAAGGAGACCCAGAAACUACAAGAGAUGAGAGCCCAGAGACAAACUGCCACUGCUUCUGCAGCAGUAGACCCAGAGGAAGAAUGGGAAGCCAUGCUGCCAGAAUUGAAGUCCACGCUUCAGCAGCUUCUAAAGCUUCCCCAGGAAGAAGAGGAGAUUCAUGAGCAAAUUGCUCAUACAGAGACCACAGAAGAGGUGAAAGGACGCAUCUAUCAACUACUUGCCAAAGCUAGUUACAAGCAGGCCAUCAUUCUUGCUCGAGAAGCUACAGGCCACUUCCAGGAGUCUGAACUCUUCAGUCAUAUAGACCCAGAGGAAUCAGAAGAGACCAGGUUUCUAAAUGUCUUAGGAGUUAUCUUCAAAGGCCCAGUAUCUUCCACAAAGAACAAUUCUCAGGGAUCUGAUAAGAAUGUGGUUCUAGAACAGACUAACUACAAAGACGCUCCCAGUGUAUCAGAGCCUGUGAGAUCCGAGGGGAAUGAUGAACUGGUGAAGCAGGAGAUGCUGGUGCAGUAUCUACAGGAUGCAUAUAGCUUUUCUAGGAAGAUUACAGAGGCCAUUGGCAUCAUCAGCAAGAUGAUGUAUGAAAACACAACUACAGUGGUGCAGGAGGUGAUAGAAUUCUUUGUGAUGGUAUUCCAAUUUGGGGUACCCCAGGCCCUGUUUGGGGUACGCCGCAUGCUACCUCUCAUCUGGUCUAAGGAGCCUGGUGUCCGGGAAGCUGUGCUUAAUGCCUACCGCCAACUCUACCUCAACCCCAAAGGGGAUUCUGCCAGAGCCAAGGCCCAGGCUUUGAUUCAGAAUCUCUCUUUGUUGCUAGUGGAUGCUUCUGUUGGGACCAUUCAGUGUCUUGAGGAAAUUCUCUGUGAGUUUGUGCAGAAGGAUGAGUUCAAACCAGCAGUGACCCAAGUGCUGUGGGAGCGGGCCACUGAGAAGGUCCCCUGUUCUCCUCUGGAGCGCUGUUCCUCUGUCAUGCUUCUUGGGAUGAUGGCACGAGGAAAACCAGAAAUUGUUGGAAGCAACUUAGACACACUGGUGAGCAUAGGGCUGGAUGAGAAGUUCCCACAGGACUAUAGGCUGGCCCAACAGGUGUGCCAUGCCAUUGCAAACAUAUCCGAUAGGAGAAAGCCUUGUCUGGGCAAACGUCACCCUCCCUUCCGGCUGCCUCAGGACCAUAGGUUGUUUGAGCAACUUCAGGAGGUAGUUACUAAAGGCUUUGCCCACCCAGACCCACUCUGGAUUCCAUUCAAAGAGGUAGCAGUGACCCUCACUUACCAACUGGCAGAGGGCCCUGAGGUGAUCUGUGCCCAGAUGUUGCAGGGCUGUGCAAAGCAGGCCCUAGAGAAGCUGGAGGAAAAGAGCACCAGUCAGGAGGACCCCAAGGAGACUGUCCCAAUGCUCCCCACUUUUCUGUUGAUGAACCUGCUGUCACUGGCUGGGGAUGUGGCCCUGCAGCAGUUGGUGCAUUUGGAACAGGCAGUGAGUGGAGAGCUCUGUAGGCGCCGAGUUCUUCGGGAAGAACAGGAACACAAAUCCAAGGACCCCAAGGAGAAGAAUUCAAGCUCCGAGACCACCAUGGAGGAGGAGCUGGGGUUGGUGGGGGCCACCGCUGAUGACACAGAGGCAGAAUUAAUCCGUAGCAUCUGUGAGAUGGAACUCUUGGAUGGCAAACAGAUACUGGCUGCCUUUGUUCCACUUUUGCUCAAAGUCUGCAACAACCCUGGCCUCUAUGGCAACCCAGACCUCUCUGCAGCUGCUUCACUUGCCCUUGGCAAGUUCUGCAUGAUCAGUGCUACUUUCUGUGACUCCCAGCUUCGUCUUCUGUUCACCAUGCUAGAAAAGUCUUCGCUCCCCAUUGUUCGGUCUAAUCUCAUGAUUGCUACUGGGGAUCUGGCCAUCCGUUUUCCCAACUUGGUGGAUCCCUGGACACCUCAUCUGUAUGCUCGCCUCAGGGACCCAGCUCCACAAGUGCGGAAGACAGCAGGGCUGGUGAUGACCCACUUGAUCCUAAAGGACAUGGUAAAAGUGAAGGGGCAGGUGAGCGAGAUGGCUGUGCUACUUAUCGACCCUGAGCCUCAGAUCGCUGCCUUAGCCAAGAACUUCUUCAAUGAGCUUUCUCACAAGGGCAACGCCAUCUAUAAUCUCCUUCCAGAUAUCAUCAGCCGCCUGUCAGACCCCGAGGGUGGGGUGGAGGAAGAGUGUUUUCACACCAUCAUGAAGCAGCUCCUCUCCUACAUCACCAAGGACAAGCAGACCGAGAGCUUGGUGGAGAAGCUAUGUCAGCGGUUCCGCACAGCCCGAACUGAGCGACAGUACCGGGACCUGGCCUACUGUGUGUCACAGCUGCCCCUCACAGAGCGAGGUCUCCGCAAGAUGCUCGACAAUUUUGACUGCUUUGGAGAUAAACUGUCAGAUGAGUCCAUCUUCGGAACUCUUUUGUCCGUUGUAGGCAAAUUGCGACGAGGGGCCAAACCUGAGGGCAAGGCUAUAAUAGAUGAAUUCGAGCAGAAGCUUCGGGCCUGUCACACCAGAGGAUUAGAUGGAAUAGAGGAGCUUGAGAUUGGCCAAGGAGGUAGCCAGAGAGCCCCAUCAGCCAGGAAACAAUCUUCUGUCCCUAGGCAACAGCCUUUGGCCUCUGCCUCUGCAGACAAUGACUUUGUCACACCUAAGCCUCGCCGUACUACCCGUCAACUUCCAAAAACUCAGCAGCACACUUGGAAGAAGAAACCCAAGGUUGUCUUCUCAAGCGAUGAGUCCAGCGAGGAAGAGCUUUCAGCAGAGAUGACAGAAGAUGAGACACCCAAGAAAACAACCCCACUCCGCAGAGCAUCUACUCUUAGGCACAGAUCUUAGGAAGUCAUCUUGCCUCUUCUCAUCCCUGCUGUGCAGGGUAUCCUGUGGGAUGAUCUUGUGGGAUGAUCUCUUAUCCCUAUAUAAUAUUUGUUUGCCUGUCACCUUGUUUUUUUUAAAUACAUAUAUGAUCUUCAAAAUGCAAGACAUUUCUCUUAAACUAGUCUGCCUGAACUAGGUUGAGCUGCUUUCAUUUUGCAAUAGAUGUUUGCCAGUCUCCUGUUUACUAAUGAAUAAAUGUUUUUAUAUACUUUU